CCGCCUUCAUCUCGCGCUGAAAGCCUGAGCUCACACUCGCGGACGCGUACACCAGAUACCCGUCUGCCAACAUGGAGGCGCUACUCGAUUUCUCAGCCGAUUUCGAUGUGUCCCUCAUGGACCGCGUCGUUGUCGCGUUCUAUACGGGGGCAGGGGCGGAGCAACAAAUGGCACAGCAAGUGCUGACUCAAUUUCAAGACAACCCCGAAGCCUGGACGAGGGUACCGGACAUCCUGGAGCGAUCGUCAUUCCCCCAAACGAAGUACAUCGGUCUUCAAAUUUUGGAGAAACUCAUCAGCACGCGUUGGAAGUCCCUCCCCGAUGGUCAACGGCAAGGCAUUCGGAACUUUGUUGUCGGCCUCACGGUGCAGCUAGGAUCUGACGAGACGGUUAUGCGGAGGGAAAAGACGUACCUCAACAAACUCAACCUUGCGCUCAUCCAGAUCCUCAAGCAGGAGUGGCCACACAACUGGCCCAACUUCAUCUCCGAGCUUGUCGAGUCUUCCAAGACCAACCUCUCCCUUUGCGAGAACAACAUGGUUAUACUGAAGCUGCUGUCCGAGGAAAUCUUCGACUUCUCCGCCGACCAGAUGACGACAGUCAAGAUCAAAAACCUGAAGAAUCAGAUGUGCGGCGAGUUCUCGGAGAUCUUCAAGCUCUGCCAGGAGGUGCUGCAGGACGCCAACAAGGCCUCCCUCAUCAAGGCUGCUCUGGAGACAUUCCUGCGCUUCCUCAACUGGAUCCCGCUGGGAUUCAUCUUUGAGACGACCAUCAUUGACCUUUUGCUCAACCGGUUCCUCGAGACGCCCGAAUUCCGCAAUGUCACGCUCAAGUGUCUUGCGGAGAUCGCUGCGCUCAACGUUGGUCCCGAAUACGACCCCAAAUUCGCCAUCCUCUUUGCCAUGGUCAUGACAUCUGUCAACAAGAUGAUCCCGCCGGGCACGGACUUCGCCAGCGCAUAUGCCAACGCAUCGGACGCCGGCCAGGAGCUCAUCUUGAACCUUGCGCUCUUCCUCGCCAACUUCCUCUCGAACCAUCUGCGUGUCGUUGAGAAUGAGGAGAACAAGGAUGUGCUGCUCAACGCGCAUAUGUACAUGGUCAAGAUCUCACAGGUCGACGAGCGCGAGGUGUUCAAGAUCUGCUUGGAGUACUGGGUCAAACUUGUCUCGGAGCUGUACGAGGAGCUGCAGAGUCUACCUAUCGGCGAGAGUGGCAUGCUCAUGAACCUGAGUCUCGGCAACGGUCCUGGGGAAAGCAGCUUGCUCGCUGGUAUGAACUUGCGGAAGAACAUCUACGCUGCUGUACUCUCGAAUCUACGUCUGGUCGUCAUCGAGCGCAUGGUCAAGCCCGAAGAGGUUCUCGUUGUCGAGAACGACGAGGGUGAGAUCGUUCGUGAGUUCAUGAAGGAGAGCGACACCAUCGUGCUAUACAAGUCUAUGCGCGAGUUGCUGGUUUACCUUACUCACUUGGACGUCAAUGACACGGAGACCAUCCUCACGGACAAGCUCGCAAAGCAGGUCGACGGCUCAGAAUGGUCAUGGAACAACCUCAACACGCUAUGCUGGGCUAUUGGCUCGAUAUCGGGCGCCAUGAACGAGGAGACUGAAAAGCGCUUCCUCGUCACUGUCAUCAAGGACCUCCUCGGCCUGUGCGAGAUCAAGCGCGGCAAGGACAACAAGGCCGUCGUCGCCUCGGAUAUCAUGUACAUUGUCGGCCAGUACCCGCGCUUCCUCAAGGCGCACUGGAAGUUCCUCAAGACUGUCGUCAACAAGCUCUUCGAGUUUAUGCACGAGACGCACGAGGGUGUCCAGGACAUGGCGUGCGACACGUUCAUCAAGAUUGCGCAGAAGUGCCGGAGACACUUUGUGAUGCAGCAGAGCGGGGAGGGCGAACCGUUUGUAGACGAGAUCUUGCGGAUGCUGCAUCGGAUUACGGUCGACUUGUCGCCGCAGCAGGUCCACACAUUCUACGAGGCCGUCGGCUACAUGAUCUCUGCGCAGCCCAACAAGCCCCAGCAAGAGCGUUUGAUCGCAAAGCUCAUGGAAUUGCCGAACAGCGCCUGGGACUCGUUGAUGGCGCAAGCAGCACAAAGCAUGGACGUCUUGUCAAGUACGGAUAACAUCAAGAUCCUGGCGAACGUCUUGAAGACGAACGUCGCGGCGUGCACUUCCAUUGGCAGCUUCUACUUGCCACAAAUCGGGCGGAUAUUCCUUGACAUGCUCGGCUUGUACAAGGCUGUCAGCCACAUCAUCAGCGACACGGUCGCGAAGGAGGGCCCCAUCGCGACCAAGACACCAAAAGUCAGGCAACUGCGGACGGUUAAGAAGGAGAUCCUCAAGCUCAUGGAGACCUACAUCCGACGAGCCGAGGACCUCGACUCCGUCAACAGCAACUUCAUGCCGCCCUUACUCGACGCCAUUCUCGGUGACUACAACUCCAACGUCCCGACCGCCCGCGACGCCGAGGUGCUGAACGUGAUGGCGACGAUAACGAACCGUUUGGGUCCGCUGCUCACGCCACAAGUGCCGGCGAUCCUGGACGCGGUGUUCGAGCCGACGCUGAAUAUGAUCAACCAAGACUUCUCGGAGUACCCUGAACACCGCGUCGGGUUCUUCAAGCUGUUGAGGAAUAUUAAUCUGAACUGCUUCCCUGCCCUCCUCACCAUUCCGCCGCCACAGUUCAAGCUGUUCAUGGACAGCGUCAUCUGGGCUAUCAAGCACACUAUGCGCGACAUCUCAGAUAUUGGCUUGUUGAUGUGCAUCGAGAUCGUCAACAACUUCGCCAACGCCGCCGAUCCCGCCGUCAGCAACGCCUUCUUCCAGCAGUUCUUCCUGAGCAUCGUCCAGGACACGUUCUUCGUGCUAACAGACACGGAUCACAAGAGCGGGUUCAAGCUGCAGAGCCAGCUGUUGGCGCGCAUGUUCCAGCUCGUCGAGCAGGGCGCGAUCGUGCAGCCGCUGUACGACACGGCGCAGUUCCCGGAUCCAGCGCUGAACAACUCGAUCUUCUUCCAAGAGUUCACGGUGAACCUGCUGAAGACGGCAUUCCCGCACUUGAACCCCUUGCAAGUGCAGGACUUCGUCAAGACCCUCGCUACGAGCCACACCGACCCGCUCGCCUUCAAGACCGCGCUGCGCGACUUCCUCAUUCAGCUCAAGGAGUUCGCCGGCGACAACCAGGAGCUCUACCUUGAGGAGAAGGAGGCCGCCGCGCGACAAAAGGCCGAGGAGGAGCGCCAGCAGGCGAUGCGCAUCCCUGGUAUGCUCAAGCCGUCGCAGAUCGAGGACAAGGACGAAGACAUAUGAUCCACUCACGACGAUUGGCCUGCCCACGUCCAUGGCGUUCGGGUCAUCGUCAUCAUCAAGGGUGCGGCAACGACGGGACAAUAUCUCUGUAUUUUAGGGCUCGUUUUUCGACACAUAUUGUUUGUUUCCGUAUCCGCGUUGACCUCGUCUGCUGCUGUGAUUACUUGUGCGUGUGGCUCCUCGGCAUAUAUUCACUCUACGUAUACGUAUCCCUUGUCCCCAGUACCCGUCGUUCGUCCAUCCCUGCCACGGUCCACCCUGAUCAUCCCUACAUACUCCCUACUCCUACCAAUCCCUACCAUCCUCACGAAUGUCUCCCAUCCCUACCCCACCCCUCGCGCCUCGCCGAUGGUGUAGCAUGUUGUGUCCAGCGAGUUCCGCCGUGUUUUGCUAUCCGUGCUGUCGUUCGAUAAUGUAAUAGUAUGAAUAACGAUGCAAGUACUUCUGCAGUG